AUGACUUCCAGCUACGUGCACGUUCUGGAGAGGCAACCGGCCGUCCUGCCCACGCGUCUGGAGAGCCCCGGGAACCUCGAGAGCCUCCAGGCGAAAAAGAACUUCUCUGUCAGCCACCUGUUGGAUCUGGAGGAAGCUGGAGACUUGGUGGCAUCGCAGACCGACGAGGGCGUCGGGGAAAGCGGGCGCAGCCUCCUGGAAUCGCCGGGCCUGACCAGCGGCAGCGACACGCAACAACAGGACGCUUCUCUGCUCUCUGCUUUGCCAGGUGACCAGCUAAAUUCUGAAGAGAAGAAGAAGAGAAAGCAGAGAAGGAACCGAACUACUUUCAACAGCAGUCAGCUGCAGGCCCUGGAGAGAGUUUUUGAGCGGACACACUACCCGGAUGCCUUUGUACGAGAAGACCUUGCACGCCGGGUAAACCUCACUGAAGCCAGGGUCCAGGUGUGGUUUCAAAACAGACGGGCAAAGUUUCGCAGGAAUGAGAGAGCCAUGCUGGCCAACAAGAACGCAUCCCUCCUCAAGUCCUACUCUGGGGAUGUGACCGCAGUGGAGCAGCCAAUUGUACCUCGACCUGCUCCAAGGCCCACCGACUAUCUCUCCUGGGGGACUGCCUCUCCUUACAGCAGUGCCAUGGCUUCUUAUUCUGCCUCCUGUACCAAUGCAAGCCCUGCUCAGGGCAUGAAUAUGGCCAACAGCAUUGCUAACCUGAGACUGAAGGCAAAGGAAUACAGUUUACAGAGGAACCAGGUGCCAACAGUGAAUUAGAGACAGCAGAGGAGUGUGGCCUCCGUUGCCGAAAGGAAAGCAACAGGUCAAAGGGCCGCCAUCUUGCUUGGCAAUUCGUCCAUGCCCAGAAAGCCAGUCAGCCCAAACUAGGACUCAGUGUUGGGAAUAACAGCAGGAUCCAAAAAUUAAAAGGAAAUAGCUUCAAACACGACUCUUCUCUCUCCUGGAAAAUAUUGCCACUUAAAGUACCAGCAAGUCUGUUGUAGCUCAAUAUAGCACGAGCUUCUUCAGUGAAGGAUGCAAGGCUUAUGACUGCACUUAAACUUAUCCAUUUCCUUCCUCCACCUGCCCCAUGGACCAUUAGUUUCCGUGCCAGCCACUCACCCCUUUUGUUCAUAGGCCUUCUGGGGAAAAAAUGGAUUUCUGGAACCAAAGACCCCAUUGUUCAUCAUUGCUUCCGUCACUCUAAAGCCAUAGUGGAUCACAUUUAAAGUUUUGACUUCCAGCACACACCUGGGUGCCUUCGUGUUCAAGUCUUUAUAUCCAUUGCCUGGAAAUUAUUUUUCUUCUUUACUUCUUCUUGUUAGUAAUUUGAAGCCAAUCUUGAUUUAGAAGUGUGUGUGUGUCACUGUUUGUUCUGCCACAGUCUCUUUGAUACUGUUAUGUUGGUUGCAGGAGAUUUAAAAAUGCCGGAUACGAAAGUAUGUUAUUUUGAACCAAUUUUUACUGAUGUAGGAAUAUGCAAGUUUUCAAGUCACACAGAAUUCGUUUUAUGAGAAUGUAAGUGUGUGCACUUGAGGCACUCAAAAGCCUGUGUAUGCUUCCAGCUUCUUGGAAAAUUCAAAGAGCAGAGUCCAGAUUUGCAGGUGCUGUCCAUGGGAAUUAGUUUUCUGUUUAAAAAUGGGAGGCCUAAUCCUGCACAGAGUUACACAUGCUUACAUCCCUGGAUUUCAGUGGGCUUAAAUGUGUGCACCUCUGUUGGAUUGUGGCCCCACGUAACUUUCUCGCUACUUUUGUCUCAUGCCACAUUCAACAGUGUUGUCCAGAAUCAUUUGAUUUAUAUAUACUGUAUAUAUUUAUAUAUAUAAAAUAUACAUGCAAGCUU